GUUUUCCAACCGGACUUUUUACACUGUGGCACGCUGGCCAAACUUCAAACACACUGGCACAUGCUGCUCCGUCAGGUCGCGGUUAACGAGCUGGUAUUUUGAUCCUUUAGAUAAGUUAAAUAAUUAAGAUGUCGGAAGCGUCAGACAGAGAGGACGCGUCAGAGAAACCUCCACCUCCGAACUGGAUCCUCCAGCAUCCGACCUAUCACCUGAUGGAGAAGCUGGAGGUUGGGGACAGUGAACAAGUCCACGCAGCUUUCCUUGUGUACAUGGAUCUAUCUGAGGUGCGUCAGUGGAAAGAGGUGUCUUGUGUCAAGAGUCCUGAGCUGCAGGUGAUUUUGCUGGAAGGGAGGGAGAAGGAAGGAGCACCAGUCCAGACGAUUCUUCCACUUCCUGUUCAUCGAUCUGUUAGCCACAAAAGCAUACGUCACGUACUAGACAGAGGCUUCCCCAUGCUGUUGUGUGCUGUAGCUUCCGACUCCACCCUGGUCUACCAGAGGAUGACUGAUGGGUUGGUGACACCUGAUCCCCCGGUAGGUCCUUUUCAGGAUGUGGGACGCCGGCAGCACCGGAAGAGACGGCAGCAGCGCUGAGUGGCUGGAGCGAGAAGAUGCCUUGGUGUUGUUGUUAAACCACACAAGAGCAGAUUUGGUCUUUCUGUCUGUGUUAGCUGCUAAAAAGUCAAAGGUGUACCGAUAACAUGGCAGCAGGUGCAAAUGCACCAAACCACAGAGCCCUUAUAGGUGCUGGAUGUGGCUAUGGGGCCGGUUAGAAACGUCUGGUUUCUAAACUCUUUGGCAUGUGACCUCUUAAAACUGUUGACCUAUUGGAAAAGGUUGCAUGUGUCCAUAAGCUUUGAACAGGUAAACCAAAGAGUGAGUUUUAUUUGAAACUGCCAUGUUUGAGAAAUCUGUUGUAUGCAUGCACACUUCAGGGCGAUCAGGGAUGUGUUCACACAGUAUGUGGUCACAUGCGUUCCUCAAAACCUUUGAACAGGUCCUGAUGAGUUAGAUUCAAGGCUAUCCACAAAAUAUUUUGAGUACAUUACUAAUAGAGCCUGCAUGGAUUAUUGAGGCUGACAGGGCUGUUGGCAAUAUAUGACUAUAUAUGGAAGAUAUUUAAUUUAAUUAUGAAGACAAAACAAACAUUUUUGAUAAGGAUCCCUAAAUUUAUGCCUGUAAAUGACUCCCAUUCACUUUUGCGCCUAAUAAAUGUAAAGUUUGUCAUCAACCA